AUGGAUCUAGAUGACCCUGCGCAUUCGGGUAUUCUUAAACGGUUCAAUCAAACGAGACAUCGCUUAGAAAAGUCUAAUAAAAGAGCACGCACGCAUGAAAAUGAAGACAGUCAGCUACCAGAUGUGAAUUCUGAGCGUGAGUCUGCCUCUGUAGUUCGGGCAGAAGGUAUCCAGCCGUUGCCACAGCCUGAACAGACGCGUGAUAAAAAGCAUAGAUCUCGCCUACAGUGGAUUGUUGAACCGGAAAUGGUCAGUCCUUCUCAAACAGCGCCUUUUGAGUCCCUCGGCCUUUCAGAUCACAUGGUGACAAAACUACAUGAUCUCGGUUAUGAAAAUGCAUUUGCGGUACAAACCGCAGUAAUUCCAGCAGUUUUGAAGGCUCAGAGUUGUCUUGGUCCCGACCCUUUGGCUAAUGUGCUUGUUAAUUCAUAUACGGGGAGUGGUAAGACUCUGGCCUACACCGUUCCAAUCGUCGACUGUUUGCUGAAUCGUCGAAAACCGGCCCCCAGAGCAGUUGUUUUAGUACCUACUAGGCCGUUACUUGUUCAGGUUAUGCAAGUAUUCGAGAGUCUGGUUAAAGGAACCAAUCUUCACCCUAUGGCGCUACGAUCUGAGCGGCCACUGCAAAAAGAGCGGGAGCAGCUGCUCAAAAAUACUCCUGACAUUCUAGUUGCUACACCUGGGCGGCUUGUUGACCAUCUUACUGAGUCCCCAGAUCUCUUGAAACAACUCCGGUUUUUAGUUGUCGAUGAAGCAGACCGAUUACUCGGCCAAAGCUUUCAGGAAUGGGCUAGUGUUCUUGCAAAAGCUUGUCCAGUACAAAUACGACCUGUCGCGAUCAACGAGCCGUGGGCUCGGCCUCCGCAGCGCCUUGUGUUUAGUGCCACACUUACCCGUGAUCCCGGGAAACUUGAAGCUCUCCAAAUUCGGACGGUACCCACAGCACCUCAUCUUUUUAUUGUUAACGAUGAUAUUGGUGAUGCCGAGUUUGUUAUGCCAGCGAAAUUGACUGAAAACUUGGUCCGCGUAAAGACUUUGAUUGCCAAGCCUUUAGCACUGGUUACAUUGUUAAUUGAAAACUCCCUCAGCGACCACGCUAUUGUCUUUGUGCGCAGUAACGAAGCUGCAGCCCGUCUUGCUCGUCUAAUUACACUAAUCUCACAAAAUCUGUUUCACAAGGACCUCGUGGUCGGACCAGUCUCCGGUGAAAUGCCAGUGGCUGAACGAAAGCGAGUGCUUCGCCAGUUCGCAAGUGGUGAAGUGAAUGUCAUUGUAUGCACGGACCUCAUUGCUCGUGGUAUUGAUGUUCCUGGUGUUACCGCUGUCAUUAAUUACGACUUGCCGGUUGGCACGCGUGAAUAUGUGCACCGGGUGGGUCGCACAGCCCGAGCUGGUACAUCGGGCUCAGCUUGGACAUUUGCAAUUUCUAGUGCAGAGCGUCAGCAUUACUGGGUUAUGCAAAAUGGUAUCACCAGAACUAACAAAAUCGAAGUUAGUCACUUCGAUGUUGAUACUGAGUCGCAGACUUAUAAGGAUGUUCUGGAGCAACUAGGAAAGGAAGUUCUGUCAUAA